UUUUCAGCUUGGAUUCGAAUACAAAUGGUUACCGUACAAAGAUGUCAGGGGUGGAGCUGGUGAAUUCAAGCCAUUACAUGUUGGUGAAUGCGUACCUUGCUUGCUGAAGGACAGCAAAGGUACGGAGCGACUCGGAAACUUGCACGUGGGAAUGGAGAAAGCAACUGCAGGAUUCGGUGGCAAAGACAGUGCCGUCAGUGGUCCUGCAGUCAAUGAUGUUGCGCAUCCAAAUAAAUAUCGUCAUUUAGGGAUAUAUGCGAAUCAUAUUCGAACUUUGAUCGAUUCUUGUUUCGGGAUGGCCAAGGAGUUCGAAGAUACGUGGGCGUAUAACACGAUCGGGUCGCCGUUUCCGGACAAUCCGGUUAGGGUGAAGGGACAACAGAAUAUGUACGUAGCGUUAUGGUAUAAAUUCGGGAAGCCAAUUCACGGACGUGCAUGGAACAACAACGGAAACGUGGAAUGCUCGUUUCCCUACAACAAGGUCGAGCUGACCGGUGCUCGUGACUUGGGUGGACAAAUUCAAAUCCUGACCGCAGUUGAGCAAGAUCCUGUAGACCUAUUCAAGAAAUCCGGUUUCUGGUAUGAAUGGAGACCGUACAAAGAUCGUGUUAAUGAUACACUACUGCAACUGGUACGAUGUGGCCAGUCAACGCCAGUCUUAAUGAAGACAAAAGACGGCAAAGAUNCAAAGAUCUGCUUGGCUAUAUCGAUAUGGGCACUGAAGAGGCAGCUGUUGGUUAUAAUGGUAAGAGUGAGAAGCUUGCUGGAGGUGAUAUCCAGCAUUACGGAUGGUUUGAAGAUGACAAUUAGUGUUCUUAAGGAAUUGUUAGCGCUAUUCCGCAAUGUUAAAGCACCACCGAAUAUCAGAAUAUACGACGAUACCUGGCUGGAUCUGAAAUACCGUGAUCCAUUCCCAGCUGCAAAGAAUCCUGUAGCGGUACGUGAAUCUUUGCUCCACAAAUGUGGUCCCCAAAGGCAUUGCAGCUGGGCGUAA